AUGUUGACAUUAUACUAUUUAAUAAAAAAAUCAGGGAGAAAAACAAAGCGUGGCUUUAGGCAAUAUUAUGAAAAUUUAACUGUAAAUAAAGGUGUAAAAAUCAAAGAAGAUAGGAUUUCUAAGUGUCGAGUGUGUUUACAAGAAGGUUCUAUUCCAUUAUAUGGUCAAGAAAAUACUCCAUUUGUUUUAGAAACACUUCAGAGUAUUAGUACUAUUCAGUUAAUUGAAAGUGAUGAAUAUCCAAAAUACUUAUGCAAUGUAUGCAACGAAUUUGUACUGAGUGCCAUAUUAUUUAAGGAACAAGCUGUCAAAACUGAUAAAAUUCUUAAAAAUCCAGUGAAACAAGAAACAUUCAUUGAUCAAUAUUCUGAACAAGACUGCAGUGACAACAGUGAAUAUGAUGCAAAACCUACUGAAAAGGAAAGUAAAUGUGAAAUUAAAAAGGAGAAAAAAGUUAAGAUUAAAUAUGCAGCAAAAGUUACAUGUAACAUAUGUAAUAAGGUAAUAAAUAGAUCUUAUUACAAAGAACAUAUGACAAUGCAUGACCCAGACCACAAGAAGUAUGUUUGUGAUGUCUGUGGUAAAUCAUUUCGUCUACGGUGUGCAUAUCACAAUCACAGCUUACGACAUAGAAAUGACUUCCCUCACAAAUGUCAAUAUUGUCCUUACAAAGCAAGAUAUUUAGAACUGUUAAAAACCCAUAUGAGAACACAUACUGGUGACUACAGAUAUAUGUGUACAGAAUGUCCAGCUAGAUUCUUAUUUAAGAGCAAUCUAAACAGUCACAUGCUAAAACACAAGGAGCCACAAUUCAAGUGUGAUGCCUGCAAGAGGGCAUUCCAUACAAAACUUAUGCUCCAAAGGCAUUUUGAAGCAGAUCACUUGGGAAUAAAAAAUCAUGUUUGUAAUCUAUGUGGAAAAGCAUUUGGCUAUAGAAAUGCUAUGAUGAAACAUCAAAGGCAUGUGCAUAAAAGAGAAAAGAUGCUAUUUGGGCGGAAGCCAGCUUACUUAGAAGCUGAACAUAGAAAUGAGGAUGGUUAA